GCAGCCUUCUACAACACCUAUAAAAUCCCCCUCUGGCUAAUGCACCACAUGCUAACAAGGCAAAUACAGAGCUCUAAUGGAAGCGAGCAGCAGAGUGAUGAUGCAGGUGUUGUUGUUGGCGUUGGUGGUUCAGGUCACCCUGUCCCAGCACUGGUCCUAUGGGUGGCUACCAGGGGGGAAGAGGAGUGUGGGAGAGCUGGAGGCGACCAUCAGGAUGAUGGGCACUGGAGGAGUGGUGUCUCUUCCUGAAGAGGCGAGUGCCCAAACCCAGGAGAGACUUAGACCAUACAAUGUAAUAAAUGAGGAUUCCAGUCAUUUUGAACGAAAGAAAAGGUUCAAGGAUUACUGAAGAGCUAUAAAGAAAAUGAUCAAAACAGACUGUAUUUGCAUCAACACCAGUGAUGGAUCGCCAAAUUCAACAAAUCAUCACAUUUACCGCACAGAUGUCAUUGUUUGCAUGUCUGAAACGUUAUAUCCCGUUUGAAAUUGUAAUAAAAAUGUUUGAA